AUGCGGGACUCAGUCGCGGAGAGCGAGUGUGCCUUUGUCAAACGAUACGCAACAACCUUCGAUCAGUCCAUCGACAAUUCCAACACCACCACCGCCACCUCCGAGUCCUUCUACGAGGCUUUUACAGACGCGGAAUCAUCGGAUUGGAGUGAUGCGAGAAGGGAUCGGCAUUUAGAAGAAGAAGCAGCAGCCAAGACAACAGCCACUCUCAACAAUACUGAAGACGAGAGAAUGAGAGACGACUUUGACAAGGAAAAUACGGGCACACAGCAAUUACCCUGCACAUCGGCCACUGCCGAAAUGAUCUUCCACCUGCUGAAAUACGACUGUUGGCCACGGUACUUGAGAGCCGGGGGAGUGGCGCCCGAGUUCAGCGAUGAGGAACUCGCCGACGAGGAGGGCCGAAAGGAUUCUGCCCGCCCCGACCACGAUGAAGCCGCCGGCCCGAGCAGCACCAAGGAAAAGGGCAAAUGGCCUUUCUUGGCAUUCAAGCCGGAUAGCCCAAAUAAUUCGACAAAAGACAAGCGCCGGUCGGCGUUCUUCGAGCGUUUCCGCUUUAUGAAGGGUGGAAAGGACGGGACGAGGAGUUCGGGCGCUGGAUCUCCUGUCAAUGAGCAGCGCCAUCCGGCCAUCCAUCGCACAUCUUCGUCGAGGGCCGGAUCGUCGAGUGAGGAUCGCAGGAAGAGCUACAGCUCGGAGCUGGAGGACGAAGUGGGUGGUUGCGGGAAGGCGGGCGUCUCUUCCGUGGGCUCUCGUCGUCGCCAUCUCUUCACCCGCGACAAGCAGAUCUCAAUGCCCGUCGAGUGCGUGCAGCGGAUAGCGCGGACCGGAAAU